UAUGCUUUGAUUAGUGCUCAGCGAUGUAUGAUUUGUCAAGGAGAUAUUGCUAGGUAUCGGGAGCAAGCCAAUGAUACAGCAAACUAUGGGAAAGCACGCAGUUGGUACCUGAAGGCCCAGCACAUUGCUCCCAAGAAUGGGCGUCCCUAUAAUCAGUUGGCUUUGCUGGCAGUGUAUACGAGGAGGAAGCUUGAUGCUGUAUAUUAUUAUAUGCGCAGCUUAGCUGCCAGCAACCCUAUCCUGACUGCCAAGGAGAGUCUAAUGAGCUUGUUUGAAGAGACCAAGCGAAAGGCAGAACAGAUGGAAAAGAAGCAACAUGAAGAAUUUGAACUGAGCCCUGAUCAGUGGCGGAAAGGAAAGAAGUCUACUUUCCGGCAUGUUGGAGAUGACACCACUCGUCUGGAGAUCUGGAUUCAUCCAUCCCAUUCCCGGUCUUCCCAGGGCACUGAGUCUGGGAAGGAUUCUGAGCAGGAGAACGGGCUUGGAAGCCUGAGCCCUAGUGAUCUGAACAAAAGGUUCAUCCUCAGUUUUCUACAUGCCCAUGGGAAGCUGUUUACCCGGAUUGGGAUGGAGACAUUCCCUGCAGUGGCCGAGAAGGUUCUCAAGGAGUUCCAGGUAUUGCUGCAGCAUAGCCCAUCUCCUAUUGGAAGUACCCGCAUGCUACAGCUUAUGACCAUCAACAUGUUUGCUGUACACAACUCACAGCUGAAAGACUGCUUCUCAGAGGAGUGUCGUUCUGUGAUCCAGGAGCAAGCUGCAGCCCUGGGCCUGGCCAUGUUUUCUCUACUGGUACGGCGCUGCACCUGCUUACUUAAGGAAUCUGCCAAAGCUCAGCUGUCCUCUCCUGAGGGCCAGGAUGACCAAGAUGACAUCAAGGUGUCUUCCUUCGUCCCAGACCUGAAAGAACUGCUUCCCAGUGUGAAAGUCUGGUCAGACUGGAUGCUCGGCUACCCAGACACCUGGAAUCCUCCCCCCACUUCUCUGGAUCUACCCUCACAGGUUGCUGUGGAUGUGUGGUCAACAUUGGCUGAUUUCUGCAACAUAUUGACAGCGGUGAAUCAGUCUGAAGUGCCACUGUACAAGGACCCGGAUGAUGACCUCACCCUUCUUAUCCUGGAAGAGGAUCGGCUUCUCUCGGGCUUUGUCCCCUUGCUGGCUGCCCCUCAGGACCCCUGCUACGUGGAGAAAACCUCGGAUAAGGUUAUUGCAGCCGACUGCAAAAGGGUCACAGUGCUGAAGUAUUUUCUGGAAGCCCUUUGUGGACAAGAAGAGCCUCUGCUGGCAUUCAAGGGUGGAAAAUAUGUGUCAGUGGCACCAGUCCCAGACACCAUGGGAAAGGAAAUGGGAAGCCAAGAGGGAAAACAACUGGAAGAUGAGGAGGAGGACGUGGUGAUUGAAGACUUUGAGGAAGAUUCAGAAGCUGAAGGCAGUGGGGGUGAGGAUGACAUCAGGGAACUUAGGGCCAAGAAGCUGGCUCUAGCCAGGAAGAUAGCGGAGCAACAGCGUCGCCAAGAGAAGAUCCAGGCUGUGCUGGAGGACCAGAGUCAGAUGAGACAGAUGGAGCUGGAGAUCAGACCCUUGUUCCUCGUACCUGACACCAACGGCUUCAUUGACCACCUGGCCAGUCUGGCACGACUGUUGGAGAGCAGGAAGUACAUCCUGGUGGUUCCUCUCAUUGUGAUCAAUGAACUGGACGGCCUGGCCAAAGGACAGGAGACAGACCACCGGGCAGGGGGCUAUGCCCGUGUGGUACAAGAAAAGGCCCGGAAGUCUAUUGAGUUCCUCGAGCGAAGAUUUGAGAGUCGGGACUCUUGUCUACGGGCCCUGACUAGCCGUGGCAAUGAACUUGAAUCCAUCGCCUUUCGCAGUGAAGACAUCACUGGCCAGCUGGGUAACAAUGAUGACUUGAUCCUUUCUUGCUGCCUCCACUACUGCAAAGACAAGGCUAAGGACUUCAUGCCUACCAACAAAGAAGAGCCAAUCCGCCUACUACGGGAGGUGGUGUUACUGACUGAUGACCGGAACCUGCGUGUGAAGGCUCUGACGAGAAAUGUGCCUGUGCGGGACAUCCCAGCCUUCCUUACGUGGGCCCAGGUGGGCUGAGGGGGCCACGCUAGGGUCCACCCAAAAUGGAACCGUUCCUGAGAGGCCACCAGGCACCCACACUGUAGCACAGAAGAUGCCCACGUGCCUGAACCACCAAUCCACCCAGAUAAUAAACCAUCCUCUUCCAACCCACGCCGUGGCCGUGCUGUGGGGGAGCUGCUCCUCACAGAGCCCCUUCCAAGGGUCGGGUGGAAGCUGCUGGGGCCCUCCUGGGCUGCCAAGAUUUAGCAGGGAGGUGGCUGGCUACAGUGACAACAGGUGGGCAAGCCAGACAAGGCCGCCCAUGCUCUCAGCCUUUCUCCCCCCGUCUCGUUCAGGGCUGGGGCAAGGCCUGCUAACCCCCAGGACUGGGCCGCUUUCUCUAGUGGUGAUGGGGUAAGGGGUUCUAGUUUCCAUCAGAUGCAGGUGAAAUCACAGACCCCUUUUAAUCUGCAGAACCUCUGGCAUGAAUGUGACCUAGAGGCUUUGGCUGUGUUGUGAAGAAGGUGCCCGGGGUAUGUCUGUCUCCCUGAGGCUUAGAUUCCCCCCAUGGACCCUGUGGUUAGGUUCUGUCCCUAAUAGCAACCCCAUGCCCCCAACCUCCACUACCCCCACCCCAAACACACACAUUCAUCCUUCCUCCUUGUCCUGUCAAUCUGUGGCUCUUGCACCUUGCCCUUGUUUUCCCCCUGAACUACCAUGGGUCUAGAGGGAACAGACAUCUGGUCUCAGGCUCAUACUUCCUGGGUGGGGUGCUCACUCUGCUCACCCCUCUCACCUGCUCACUCUCCCCUCCUGACCUUCUUUUUGCUCUAAUCCCUUUUUUGGGGGAAAUGCCUUCAGACCCUUAUCCUUCCAUCACCAGCCUUGCCUCUGAACAUCUCUUCACCCUUCCCUUUAUAGUGCUCCUUCACAGGCCCUGGUCCUUCAACUUCCGCCCUUCAGUUCCUCCUCAUGGGGGUUCUCUCUCUGAAUCUUCCUCCUCUAUUACCUGUGGCAGGAACCUAUUAAAGCUUUCCCACCCAUCUUCCUUCCUUCCUUUCCAGGCUUCCGAGCUCAGAGACGCAUCCAGACUAAAACCAGCCCAGUCUGAGAAUAGGGUGGUCCAGUGCCUGGUGAAGCAUUAUCCAACCUAGAGUGUUCACUCUGUUUCUGGCUUUUUUUCCCUUCUACUUCUGAGAAGAACGGAUGGAGGUCCUUUACCUUUUAAAUCUGUUGCCCUUUAGCUGGUGCCCUUAUUCACCACCUUACUCUGGAAGAUUCCUACCAGUAAUCACUUACUCCAUAAGGGAUAAGGAAUAAGGAAGACUUAGGGGUAAGCAGGGUCUUAAGCAGAGCAAAGGUAAAUCUUGAUGCGCCAGUCAGAAUCUCCCCUACAGCCCACUGACUCUCCAGCCUGCCCAGAGGUUGGGAGCUUCCCUGAGGAUGCUGGGCCUUCUCUGGACCCAGGACCAUACUAGACUGGGGCUGGCAGGAGAACCAGGCCAGUGGUCUGGGGGUAUGAGUGCCAAGGGCCUCAGUGCUCAGAAGACUGACUCUUUGGGAUACAAGGUCCAGGCCUCCUCCCUUGAGAUCCUCUCUUCUUGUCCCAUUUGAAGCCCUGGUUUUGUUUCCUUAAUAAAUUUUUAGUUAUGAAGCAAACGACCUCUUACUCGUCUCUUUCUGGGAUUGAGGAGGGGUUGCUAGUCCAGGCUUGUGCACCUGCCACCCUGGACCCUGGCGGGGUCCACUCAGGUCCUUGUGUGGGGCACAAGAGAGUAGCAGGAUUGGGGACCUUGGUUAC